AUGGAUGCCACUUGGCGCAAUGUGCCGCUGGCGGACGCGUCCGGUUCACUGACUUCCGACAGCGCGCGAGUACUGGAACAGGAGCUAAAUGAGGAGCGUUUGGCGGUCGUCACUCUCCUAGGUCCACCGUCCACCCGCGCAGCGAGGGGCGAACUUAUGGCCAAACUACUGGGACAGAAGGAGGCUUCUCUCUCCUCAAGUGAUGAAUCUCUCGUGCUGCUGACCAGCGUCGCGUAUCUCGAAUUGGAUUUCCAUGUUCUGGUAUUCGACAUCAAUGCGACGGUGAACACAUCUUCAGGACUUGAGCAGCUCGUCGGCGCGUUUUGCGCGCUAUCGUCGCUGGUGAUUUCGUGCUACGAUGAGAUCGGGUCUACUCGCUGCCUCGCGCCAUUCCUACCGCAGUUCCAGUCGUUGUUCCAAACACUAGUGAGAGAGUUCGCUACAAUGGAAGUGUUCGAAAUGCUUCCCAAAAUGUUGAACAUCGACUGGUCCCCCAGUCGCUCACUUGCAGACGCUGAGAAGGAGGACAAAGCAAAUACCGCCGAAGCACUCGAGAGUCUCAUCAGAUUCAAGCAACUGGGGGUCUUUUAUCCUCGAAGCAUUACACAGAUGAACUUUGGCGACUUCUGUGGGGCACACGCAACGGUUAAAAGAUUGUUUGGGCUGGAGAUGACAGGCGAGAUGCUGAGCUCGCUUCUUCGUAAGUUGUCAGCUCAGGUGUUAGAACAAGACCCGCUGGACUUUGGAACUGCAUGGGACGACUUUGUGGAGGACAAGUGCCGAGUACUAGCAGAGGACGCGUUGAAUACGUACGUGGAUUGUGUGCAGCCUGCUGUGUUAGAGCAUCCGCCUAUGGAGCUGAAUGCAUUCAAGCAACUGCACGAGGAGAUUUGGCGUCUUAGUAUGGAUGUCUACCAUUCAGCGAGCAAGUUUAAGUCCACAAGACACCGCACUGUUCGCAACAAACUCAAGGCAGACAUACGCGCACACUACGAGACCGAACUGAGCACUCUCACGCUAAAGUCGCGCGAGUAUUGUGAGGAGCUACGACAGACUCUGUGGACUGAGCUUUACUCACGUGCCACCCACAAGCGUGAUGGUGGAACGUUCACUGCAAUGCUGGCUGCGAUCCAAGAGUUUGAUAAGCAGUUUAACGAGAAAGCGCGUGGCCCCGAGAAAGCUGCUGUGCUUCGGGAUUUCUACCAGCAUGAGGCCAUUCAAGCUUUCCAUCAACUUGAAAAUGUUGUGACUCAACAACUAAGCGAGUCUCGUUUGGAAGAACUACGGCUUCAGCUUGAGAAAGAUUUUGCAGACAAGAAGGAGGCUCUCGUGGAGCAUUUUAAACAAGAGGAAGCCCAGUUGCGCGCUGGAAUGGCACGUGAUAUUGAGACGAUGCAAAAGAUGCAUGAAGCGAAGGCUGCUCGUGUGAAAAUCGAUGGGAGUGAGACCAAAAGGCUUCGAGACGAGUUGAACGAACUGAAACGUCAGAAUGCAGAGCUGCAAGAGAAGGCAGUUGUACUAGAACACGCCCAACAGGAUGCCACUAAUCAAAAGACAGUGCUUGCAACGAAGGUGGACGAACUGGAAAUUGCAGUACGGCGCGAAAUGGUCAACCGUACGGAGCUGGUGGAUACACUGGCGUUGACAAUAAAAAACGCAGAGGAGAAGGAGAAAGCUCUCAACGAGAAAAUCGCCGAGCUGCAGCUAGAGCUGGGAGAGAAAACCUUCCGUGUCGAGGGCGAGUUGCAGGACCUAACACAGCAGUUGCGAAAGACGAACGAGGAAAAAGAAGAGCUGCAAAAGAAACUCAACGAAUUUUUCUUGAAGGUGACCGCACUACCGGAUGCAUUACAACAGCAUCUCUUUUGCAUGGAAAAUGAUGAUAAAGUCGAUUUUGCAGACGCCCUAACCAGCUAUAUGAGUUGA